AUGACAGAUGCCUGCAGUGGAGGAGAACGUGCUGCAGCUCCCACUUCCAGCCUGGAUGCCUCCGACCCGGAGCUGCACUAUGAGGAGGAGGAGGAGGAGGAGGAGGAGGAGGAAGAGAAUGCAUCGUCAGGAUCCUCGGAGCCCUCGGACACCAGCAGCAUCUUCUCUGAUGACUCUGUGUACCCUUGCUAUGAGGUGUCCCCGGAGGCUGACAGUGCUGGGCUCCUCAGCCUCUACCAGUGUUGUGCCAGGAAUGAUGCCAAGCUGGUGUGGGAGAGGCUGGAGCACGGGGUGACCCGGAGUGAGGCCACAGAGGUGGACAUCAAUGGGAGGAAUGGGCUGAUGCUCGCCUGCUCCAAGGGCUUUGUGGACAUUGUGCCACUGCUGCAGAAGUGUCCCUACAUCAACAUCAACCAGCAGGACAACGAUGGGAACACAGCCCUCAUGAUGGCUGCCCAGGCAGGACACAUCACCAUUGUCAACUACCUCCUCAACUACUACCCUGCUCUUGAGGUGGACCAGCGAGACCCCCGGGGGCUGACGGCGCUGAUGAAGGCAGCAGUGCAGGGGCAGCAGGAUUGUGUCACUGCCCUGCUCCUGGCAGGAGCUGACCUGCAGGCAGUGGAUGCCGUGAAGGGGAAGACAGCUCGGGAAUGGGCGACUUUCACUGGCCGCUUCGAGACCACCGUGCGCAUCCGGACCCUGCUGCGGCGCCCGCGUGCGGAGCAGUUUGGAGCCCAGUACCAGCCCGAGUGGCCGGCCCUGGCCGAGCUGGUGGCUAAAGCCCUGAGCCCCAAAUCCAGGAGCAAGAGGCUCUUGGAGAAGAUCCGCUCCAUUUUCACCAUUAACAUCCCCCGCAAUCCUGAGGAGGACGGUGUGCUGGACCACAUGGUGAGGAUGACCACGUCCCUCGCCAGCCCUUUCGUGACCACCGCUUGCCAAACCAUCUGCCCCGACAGCCCGCCCGAGGUGGGCAAGCGCCGGCUGUCGGUGCCGGAGAUCCUCGGGCAGCACGUUCCAGAUGCAGGUGACGAUUCAGAAACGUCCUGGCGCCCCAGCACCGGGGAAUCCUCCUGCAAUGGCCACGCCGCGUCCGAGCUGCGGCCGCCGCCGCCGCCCCGGCAGCCGCCCAGCCGCCUCCUGAGCUUCCUGCCGCUGUGGCUGCGCCGUGCCAACAGCAUCUUCCCUGGAGAGCCCGUCCCAAAAAUCAAAGUGAGCAAAGCCUCUGGCUCGUCUGCCGGGGAGCGGAAGCCACGUGUGAAGGACAAGCACCUGCUGCAGCCGCCUCAGUGGAGGUACAAGGUGCUGAAGGAGGAGAAGAAAGCGGCUGAAGAGGCCAAGACGGGGGAGAAGAAGAAGAAGAAAAAGAAAAAAAAAGGCUAAGGCUGGAGAUGUUGGUGUGGGUACAAGGUUCUUGCUGUCGCCUUGGAUCCACUGGCUUUUCGGGCACAGGGGUGGUUUUGUUCCCAGUGGAUGGGAAUGUCCAAGGGAGGAGGAUGAUGUGGGUGUACACACCCAGCUGAAAUACCCCCCCUGUGAGGGUUCACAGGCUCCUGCCUGGCCUCUUGUCCUCUCCACCCCAAGGGUGGCCGCCCUAGCAUGGUACAUGUCGUGCUGGGCACUGAUGUCCUGAGGCCCUGGACCAAUCUCCAGGAAUGCCAGGGAGCUGUGGCACAAGUCCUUCCUAUGUUAUUUCCUCUCUUUUUUAUUUUUUUAUUCUAUUUUUUUUUUUUUUUUUUUUUUUUUUUUUUUUUUUUUUGCCUCUUGGAUCUUCCCAAGCUCUCAGUUCCACGGCGUGUGUUGGAAUGUGGCUGAGCAAAUUAAAAUGGAAGUGGUUGCCAUGUUAACAGGAUUGAUUCUAUGAAUAAAGCUCAGGGUUGCUGUAGGGCUGGCAGGAAUGCUCCCCCUUUUUCUGCCAGUGUCCCCUGGCCACCCUGUCACAUCCUCAGUGACAUUCCCCACACUCGUGUGUUCCUGGCUGGUGCAUGGACACAUCAAGGCGCAGCACAGGGAAGCAGCUCCAUGCUGUGGAAGGAGAACCAGCUGCAGACACAGGCUGGAAACCGAGCUUGGGAUACUCGUGGGCUCCAUCCCCAGCUGCCCCCAGGGCUCCAGUGUUGCCAGUGUUGCAGCAGCAGGGUGCUGGUGUUCCCACAUUGC